AUGUACGCAGACAUCAGCAAACCUCCGGCAUCGCUGCCGCAAGCGCGGCCACAGCAGCUUCGUGAAGGCAUCAUCCUGCUGUCGCCACUUUCACGGCGAGGCCAUGGACCCGGCCUCAUAAUUCUGCAGCAAGACUCCUCCAAGCACCUGGACAUCAUCGAUGGCGUUCCAUCGGCACUUGUAAAAUGGGCCGAGGAAGGUUAUGUGGUGGUCGGUAUUCAAGCGCAGGCAAUCUCCCAUGGCGGCGAUGUUCCAGAAGUCAUGAGAUACGCUCUUGAGGCGAUGCAGAGUUGCGACAAAUUGGAAUCGCAGAGUCGUUUUGGAAUCAUUGCAUACGAUUCAACGCUGUGGAAUGCGGUUGCGGAUGUCUUGAGCAACUUUCCCACCAUUGUCGGCGGUGUCGUGUACGCCAAUCCAUCAGAUGAAGAAGACCUGAGAAAGGCUGAAAUUCCUGUACAGCGUCAUGUGGCAGGGCAGCCUAUAUCUGUAACGGGCAGGGCGGCUGGUGUCACAACUUACAGAUAUGCGAAAGCGAAGUCCUUUCGCUUUGCAACACCAUUCCAAGAUGACUUCGACUAUUGGGCAGAGUCGCUGUCGCAUACGAGGAACUUGACGUUUCUCAAGCCACUCAUGAACGGCCCAUAUUUCGACCUAGAAAGUAUCUGGGACGAGCACACAUACUACGAAUUUGCGGAUCGCUCGGUUGAGCAUACGAUGAGUACCAUGGUAGAUCAACCUUAUGUGAAUCAUGUGCCUACUUUGACUGGCGGGAUUGGACGCGCGCCCUUGACUCAGUUCUACCGGAACAACUUCAUCUUCAGCAACUCGGAUGACACGGAACUGGAACUCAUUAGCCGAACAAUUGGCGUCGACCGCAUUGUUGACGAAUUCAUCUACAAGUUCACGCAUAACAAAAUCGUGGAUUGGCUCGUCCCCGGAAUUCCACCCACAUUCAAGUAUGUGGAGGUCCCAUUCACAGCAGUGGUAAACAUCCGCGGGGACCGGCUCUAUCAUGAACAUAUUUCAUGGGAUCAAGGAACUGUUCUCGUGCAGAUGGACUUGAUGCCUGAAUACCUUCCCUUUCCUCAUGCUGUCGAGGGCCAACCGCCUGGCACGGCCUUGGAGUACAGAGUGCCUGUGACGGGAGCUGAAACUGCGGCGAAGAUGAGGGACCGGAAUUCGGUAGCUUCAAAUAGCAUGUUCAGCUACCAGAUAAGGGAGGCACGCGUGGCAAAGCGGCCAGGCAACUCGAACGGAGAGUCGGGCAAGCGACGAGCACCCUACGCUUUGCGGGCCUGCGAUGCUUGUCGCCGGCGCAAGGGAAAAUGCGAUGGUCGGCAACCUUGCAAAUAUUGCGCUGGUCGCGAUCAGGCGUGCAGUUACGAUAGCUUCCUUGGAGCAGAGGAGUGGCCCCAAGCAGUCGUCGAAACGAUCCAACGUCAGGAGAAGCGAACCAGUUCCUCUCCGUCUUCCUCAUGGUCUGUCAUAAAUACCAUAUUCUCCAUCGCUUUCGCUGACUGUUGCGGCGCGUCUAGCAAUAACCAAGACGCAAUUAUGGAGAUCCUCUCCAGUCUUCAAGGCCAGCUGAACAGCCUAGCGUCUCGAGUUCAAACGUCGAGCCAGAGCCCACCCGAACCCACCUUUGAGGCGACCGAUUGCAACAACGAAGACUUCUUGUCAACUCUUAUGAACGACGCGACCGCUAUUGGGGACUAUGUGGGUGCAAUAGAGCAGAAUUGGCAAACUCCGCCCCGGCCGAUAUACGGAUUGCCUAGCCCAGAUAAUAGCCUCAAUGCAUCAUCGCAAUCGCAAGCCGAACCACCGAGGGGCAGCUUUUCUGCCACGCAAUCACGACACCCACCACAUCUAAAGGUUACCUCAGAUAUCGAGUUCAAUGAAGUGGUCUUUACCCAAGACAAAGCUUCUGCCGUCCAGACCCAAACACCCGCCUGCAAUUCCUCAGCUCUUCUCAAGUUCCGAGGGCUGAUGAGCCUGAAAGAUGCCAGGAGACUAUUAGGGGUAUAUCAGGAAGUAAUCGGCGAUCUUCACCCCAUUGUCGACAUCGAUGAGGUUCAGACGCGCGCUCGUAAUUGCUAUACCGAUGGAGACUCGACGACGUGGGAGUUCUUCACCGAGCCCGUCGAGGUCGCUUCCGAAGACGACCUGUUGAUUCUGAAUCUGGCUUUGUUGAUAGGCCUUCAUGCCGAUGCGACACCUUCAAAACACGAAAGUGAAGCCAUUAUCCGAGAGAGUAUCCAGCCUGCUAUCAGCAGCAAACUUGCCGCCCUGAGGUCUACUAUGACUGGAGUAAUCAUAGUCUUGCUCAAGGGCGCUUAUGAUUUCUUCAACGAUACGCCGCAAUCUGCAUGGCGCAUGUGUGGAACUGCAGGGCGCAUGUUGAUGGAACUUGGGUUCCACAACGGCGUCAUGUCGGAAGACAUGCUCGAUUCACGGGCUCAACGUACAGAAGUAUGGGCUCUUAUGUCGAGCAUCGUCAUUCUCGACCGCCAAUGGAGUGCUGCUGCAGGUCUCCCGAGAAAUUUCCAGGAGAGUGCUUUCGGGCCCAUCAACACUUCUUCUAUUAAACUUCCAUAUCUCGAGGCCAUGCUCACAUUCAUCAAGCUCAGCGACAAGUUCAGCGACCCUAUUUCCCAAGCUACAAAGUCACAACGAUACGACGACGAGGAAGCUUUUGAGGUCAUGAACUUCCGAAUCGAACAAUGGCGGAAGAGGGCGGUUGCGGACCCGUCCAUAAUUCAACUCUGGCACAGUGAUCCUCUAAGCCAGCCUCCAACAUGGAAGAUUCUCUUGAAUCUCCGGGCCGAGUCUGUUCGAAGUCUCCUAUUUAAACCACAUUUCUUCUCAAAAGCCGACGUACAAACCAGCAAGCAGUACCUCCGACCCGCCAUUGAAGUGUUAUUCGACGUUUGCAACGUUCUUUACAAUCUGAACACGACAACGGACAUCUACCGCAAACAACAACCGUUCUAUCAGCCUCUUCUCGCAUCCGCAUCAGGGCUGGGCUUCGUGCUUACAUCAUUCCUUGAACACAACAGGUCAGCUGUGCUGGCUACUCUCUCUACAGAGGUUGCUGGAGCUAUGGGCCGAAGCUACGAGAUGGCUGUCGCCCUGGCAACUGGAAAGUCUAACCGGCUUGGGGAUGCUUGA